AAGUGACAAAAAAGGAAACAACGAGAAACAGAAAUUAACAAAGUUGUAGUAGUGUUUAUUUCUUAAUUUGUAGUAAUUUAUUGAAGAAAAAAAGAUUAAUCAAUAUGGCAGGUGGAAGCUUUGUUGAUGAUACUAGGGGAAUAAAGCAAUAUGAGGGAAAAGUAACUGCAUUUGUGUUGAUUACAUGUUUUGUAGCUGCAAUGGGAGGUCUUCUUUUCGGUUACGAUCUUGGUAUUACCGGAGGAGUGACUUCGAUGGAUGAAUUUUUGAUCAAAUUCUUUCCGUCGGUGUAUAAAAGAAUGAAAGAUGAAACACAUGAAACAAGUCAAUAUUGCAAAUUUGAUGAUCAACUUCUAACACUAUUCACAUCUUCCCUAUACCUUGCAGCAUUGGUAGCUUCUUUUUUUGCUGCCACAAUCACAAGAAUGUGGGGACGCAAGACCUCCAUGUUUCUUGGUGGCUUAUUUUUCUUGAUUGGUGCAUUACUAAAUGGAUUAGCUGUUAACAUAGGAAUGUUAAUCAUUGGUCGACUACUUCUAGGAUUUGGCGUAGGAUUUUGUAAUCAGUCGGUACCGUUGUAUUUGUCUGAAAUGGCUCCGGCAAAAAUUAGAGGAGCACUCAACAUUGGUUUCCAAAUGAUGAUUACAAUUGGUAUUCUAAUGGCAAAUCUUAUCAAUUAUGCCACUGCCAAGCAUAAAAAUGGAUGGAGAGUCUCUUUGGGUGUUGGAGCAGUGCCAGCACUUCUUUUGUGCAUAGGAUCUCUUUGUUUAGAAGAAACACCCAAUUCCUUGAUUGAACGAGGCGAACAUGAAAGAGCAAAGACUAUGUUGAAGAGGAUUCGCGGCACAGAAAACAUUGAUGAGGAAUACCAAGAUAUGGUUGAUGCUAGUGAGGAAGCUAGUAAGGUGGAGCAUCCAUGGAAGAACAUUACUCAACCAGAAUAUAGGCCUCAACUCACCUUCGUCGCUUUCAUUCCAUUCUUCCAACAACUUACCGGCAUUAAUGUCAUCAUGUUCUACGCUCCUGUUCUUUUCAAGAUCUUAGGUUUUGGUGAUGAUGCUUCCCUCAUGUCUGCGGUUAUUAGUGGUGGUGUCAAUGUUGUUGCCACACUUGUUUCUGUUUUCACAGUAGACAAGUUUGGAAGAAGAUUAUUAUUUCUUGAGGGCGGCUCACAAAUGUUUAUUUGCCAGGUUAUUAUUGGAAUCAUGAUCGCGUCCAAGUUUGGAUUAACUGGCCAAGGAUCAUUUACCAAAGGCGAAGCUGACCUCCUCUUAUUCUUUAUUUGUGCAUAUGUUGCGGCAUUUGCAUGGUCUUGGGGACCAUUGGGUUGGUUGGUGCCUAGUGAAAUAUGCGCUCUUGAGGUUCGACCAGCAGGCCAAGCUAUAAAUGUCAUGGUGAACAUGCUCUUCACAUUCUUGAUUGCUCAAGUCUUCCUGACCAUGCUUUGUCACUUGAAGUUCGGUCUCUUCUUUUUCUUCGCGGGUUUUGUGGCCAUCAUGACCAUUUUCAUUGCCAUGCUUUUACCCGAGACCAAGAACGUUCCAAUUGAAGAAAUGAACAGAGUGUGGAAGUCACAUUGGUUUUGGACCAAAUAUGUUCCAGAUCAUGUUACUGCUGGUGGUAAUGACACUAAAAAGAUUGAUCCAUGAAUUUGUUAAGAAAUUGGCUAUGAUAAAUAGGAAAAACAGAAACAAUGACUACAAGGGAAUAUUGAGGAAAAUGAAUGGCUGGAUAAAUAAAUUGCAGCAUUGUGCAAUAAGUAAUGAAAUUUUGAUGCACUUGAAACUAUUCAAAAAUUAUUUCUUCUAAACUUUUAGAGGAAAAAAUAGUUAUGUCCCAAAUCCCUGUUGUCAAAAAAAAUAUGUCCCAAAUCUCAAUCGAUGAAUAAGGAGAAACAAGUUGAACUUGUAAAGCUAAUCUCCUCAAUAUUCUGAUGUAUUCCACUAAGUUCAAUAAUAUGUUUUACCAUAUUAAAUGAAUAAUCAAUUUUGAAGUUCAAUUUUACUCUUUCAUGUUAUUUAAAAUUUUCAAAACACUCUCACUUUAAAAACUUCAGUAUUUCAACUGAAUGCAUGUAAAUUAUUGAAGGAAGAAUAUUUAGUCAAAAUAUUUGAACCUUUUGUUCUAAA